AUGCGGCGAGUUGUUGUAACCGGUCUUGGGGCAGUGACCCCGCUGGGUGUAGGGAUUCGGCGUACAUGGAAACGCUUGCUAGAUGGUCAUUGCGGCGUUGUGAAUGUGAAAGAUCGCGAUGAGCGCUUCGCUGAGCAGCCCUGUCAGGUUGCUGCUGUUGUGCCACAGGGCAGUCGCGAGAAUGGGGGUUGGACUGCCUCGGAAUGGUUGAGUCGGGGUGAAGAGCGGAAAAUGGCCCAGUUUGCACAAUAUGCCAUGGCAGCAACAGAAGAGGCGCUUCAAGAUGCCGAGUGGAAGCCCGAGUCUUUUGAGCAGAGGGAGGCGACGGGAGUCUGCCUGGGAUCAGGCAUUGGGAAUUUUGAUGAAAUCUACAAUACAGUCAUCGCCUACCACAGGGGGGGCUACAAGAAAGUAAAUCCGUUAUUCGUACCAAAGCUACUGAUCAACCUUGGUGCUGGGCAUAUCUCUAUGAAGCAUGGGUUCAUGGGCCCGAGCCACUCUGCAACGACAGCUUGCACGACUGGCGCCCAUUCUAUUGGCGAUGCAGCUCGAUUCAUUGCCUGCGGCGAUGCUGAUGUGAUGGUAGCAGGUGGCGCAGAGUCCUGUAUCCAUCCUUUGGCCAUUGGCGGCUUUGCGCGUGCAAGAAGUCUAGCAACAGGAUUUAACGAUAAUCCAGAGAAGGCAUCAAGGCCAUUCGAUGCUGACCGUGUAGGCUUUGUUGUUGGCGAAGGUGCAGCUGUGAUGAUUCUCGAGGUAUGUGUCCUGCUUUCUACGCACAUACUAUACAGCUCGAUACUGAUGUCUGAAAUCCAGGAGCUAGAACAUGCCCUCGCAAGAGGGGCACGGAUCUAUGCAGAACUCAGAGGAUAUGGCUGCUCCAGUGACGCACACCAUAUGACCUCGCCCAAGGAAAAUGGCGAAGGCGCAUUUUUGGCUAUGAAAAAGGCGCUUAAGCAAGCCCAGUUACGCCCAGCUGCAGUUGACUAUGUCAAUGCACAUGCAACUUCGACCAUUGUCGGUGAUGCUGCUGAGAACGCUGCUAUCAAGGCGCUUUUGCUUGGCCCUGAUGGCAGAGAUAAGGCUGCUGAUGUGAACGUCAGCAGCACAAAGGGUGCCCUCGGUCAUCUACUUGGUGGUGCUGGUGCUAUAGAAGCUUUGCUCAGUGUACUUGCAAUCCAUGAGAAUACUAUGCCACCUACUAUCAACCUAGAUCGCUUGGCCGAUGGGUUUGAUUGCAACUAUGCGCCAAAAGAUCCCCAGUCACGACAGAUUGAUGUUGCCUUGACAAAUAGCUUUGGCUUUGGUGGCACAAACAGUAGCCUUUGCUUUUCAAACUAUUCAUGA